CAUGAGUUGGCUAUUUUUAUUUUUUAUCAUCCCAAAUGUUUGUUUCUUUUUCUGUGAAAAUGGGCUUCCAGCACUGCUAGGAGAGCUGGAUGACUGGCCUGUCCAGUUCUGGGCUCCUGAAGCGACCCCGCUGUUUAGGCCUACCUAAUGGGAGUUGCUUUCAACUUGUUCCUUCUAAAAGGAUAUUUAUUACUACACUAUAAUUCUUUUCUUCACAGCCUUGCUGUUGCAGCCGCCCACUUUGUUGACUGUAGCAUUUAAACUUCCUCUCGCCUGCUGUAGGUGGAGUUGGUGCUUUUAAAGUCAGUGUAAAGUGAUUCUUGAGGACGGGACAGGAGGGGAGGGAGGAGCAGCAGAGAAGCGACUUCCUAAAAACACAUUCCCCUGCCUUCUGCCUGAGCCGUGUUGUGCUGUUUUAGUCUUUGUAGCCUACUUCUGAGCUGAGCGAUUAAAUUCGGCCUCUCGUUUCCUACCGGACCUGCUACUUUCACUUUCACAGCUGAGGAGCUGGUAAGUUUCGGGACAACUUGUUAAGAGUUUCUGGAUGGAAACGGACAAUCUGCUAACCAGGAGUGUGAACGGAGCCUCCGGGGAUUACGGCUCCUCGUCGGGCACGGAGCACGGAGGGGCCCCGGGCAGCAGACGGAUGUCGUACUCCGUCGCAGGGUGCAGUUUCAAGGGGGCCGCAGAUGAUGAGAACCUCUACAUCCAACAGGCUGUCGUAUUCAUCGAGGAUGCCAUACAGUACCGGUCCAUCAACCACCGUGUGGAUGGCAGCUCACUUCGCCUAUACCGAUGGUACUACUCCAGGAUAUGCCAGUGGUACCUAGAUGAGAUCCUCACACCCCUUAGACUGAGAGUACGGCGACUCCUCCGACCAUUCUUCCUCCUGCAGAACUCCUCCCUGAUGAAAAAGACACUGAAGUGCAUCAAGAGGACUCUGCCAGAGAUUGCCAGCGUCAUCCUGCUGCUGGCACUCCACCUCUGCCUCUUCACUAUGAUCGGCAUGCUGCUGUUUGCUAAAACUGAGGAUCCAAAUAAGAAUGGGGAGUGGGAGUUGCAUUUCAGAAACCUACCUAAUUCCCUUACCUCUCUGCUGGUGCUUCUCACAACGGCCAACAACCCAGAUGUGAUGAUCCCUGCCUACUCCCUAAAUAGAGGAUAUUCCAUCUUCUUUGUCACCUUCAGUGUAAUUGGAACCUACUGUCUGAUGAACUUACUGACAGCAAUCAUCUACAACCAGUUCAGAGGAUAUUUACUGGCCCUACAGAUCAUGAUAUAUGUGACCUACAGACUCCCUUAUUCUCAGUGGGAACCAUCCUCUCAUGGUGUACUCUCUCUGUGGGAAAUGGUUCGUUUGGUCAACAUGCUGAUUGUAUUCCGCUUCCUGCGCAUCAUCCCAGAUAUCAAGCUCAUGGCUUUGGUUGCAAGUACACUGAUGGACCUGGUGAAAAACCUCAGAGCCUUUGCGGGGAUACUGGUGGUGGUGUACUACGUGUUUGCGGUGUUUGGGAUCUGGCUGUUUGAGGGAGCCAUAACACCUCCUCCAGAGAUGAGUGUUCACUCCAAUACUUCCAUGGAGAACAUCACCUCUAACUUUAGCAUGGAGUGUGGCACCUAUGAACAGCUGGGCUACUGGCCAAAUAACUUUGACGACUUUGCUGCGGCCAUCAUGUUGCUCUACGAUGUCAUGGUAGUCAACAACUGGCAGGCCUUCAUGGAUGCAUACAGCAGAUACACCACAGACUGGGCCAAGAUCUACUUUGUGUGUUGGUGGCUCACCUCCUCUGUCAUGUGGGUCAACUUGUUUGUGGCGCUCAUCCUAGAGAACUUCAUCUAUAAGUGGGACCGCAGUCACAGCUGCUCUGUUACAGAUGUGGAGAGGAUCAGCUAUGAAACCUCUGUUCAGCUCAUGUUCAAAGAGCACAUCCAGGAGCCAACUGAAGAGGAACUACUUUGUCAACUACAUCAACACCCCCACCUACACCUACACUGGCACCAGCACUUACCUGCAGUACUGAGUCAGGAGACUGCUACUAAAUGAGUCUACUGUGUGGUAGAAGCACUGAGAGGUCAAAAUGAAAACAUUCUACUACUAGUUUAUUUUAAUUUGUAUUAUUGUAAUAUGUGAUUACUACUACUGAAACCAGUAUAGUUUUUUAUUAUUUGUCAUGAUUUUCACGAGUGAAACCGCUGCAGUUUCUGAUUCCUCAGAAGAAUCUAGAGGCUCUCUGGAGGUAGACGUCAUGAACAUGAGUGGGUGAAGCUAAAGAACCACAAGUCUUGUAGAAACAAGUGUACAAGAAAUCAAUCAAACUGUGACGAAAAAAAUUCUAAUUUCUAAACUGCACAUAGAGAAAGCUGAUCCAAGUCACUAGAGUGAAAAACCCCCUGAAUGAAAUCAGUAUAAAGUGUUACGAAGAGCCUCCAGAACAGACUUUCUCAUUAAAGUAUUCUUUGAAAUUUUGGGUUUUGCUUUGCAGUUGUCCAGGCUUAAAUAUCAAAGUACUGGAUAUUUCCUGCUGCUGUAAAAUGGGAAUAACUUUUAUUGUGCUUCUUUACAAAGAAUUAGCAGAUUUAUCUUAACCUAUAUGCAGCCGUUGCAGCACUAAAACCAUAAAAAAUGAUAUGGAAGCUUUUUUAUGUGGCCCCCGGUGACUUAAGCCCCUUUCACUCAGGGAACCUACAACAUUUCUCCAAUGUGGAACAUGUUUGAGUUGUCUCUAUUUACACAUGAUGGACCAUGCUUGACGAUUCAGUCAGCAAAACAGCAGUGAGUUAGAAAAUAAUAAGGUCACAGAAGAGGAGCGUGCUAUGGCAGCAGUUUCAUGCACACUGCAUGAAAAACAUCCACCAGGAACCAGGAAGCACACCCUUAAAUAGAAAGGGCUUGCGAUGGUGCAGUGGCUAAGACAUUUAUUAAUUAUUAGAAAGCCCUUAGAGAGCAUAUUCCAACAUUCCUGCACUCAGAGGAAGGGCCCCUUUGUCAUAAUUGCCCCUUGUCUUUAAGAGGAUAUCUGCACACAGUGAAACAGUCAUCAGAUACAUGUGCCAGAUUAUAUUCCAUCUAUGCAAGUGCAGCAGAUCAUAAGGAAAUGUUCAAAAUGUUCGUUUCUCACAAUGAAGAGAUUUACUUUUUUCCUGGCUCCACACCAAAAACCAUCACCAACGUAGCACACACACACAAACACACACACACACACACACACACACACACACACACAUUUCAUUGAGGAAGCCUGCUAAAAAUUGGAACCAAAAACAAAAGCUCUUUCAUAGAAGUAAAUUUAGGGUUUAUCGCACUAAAAUGUUUUUGAACAUACAUGUGUAUGUCUGAGAACAUGCAGCCUCCUGUACCUCGUUAUGAGACUGCUUUAUAAUCACACCUGAGACAUCAGUAUGUCGUGGAUGUGUGAAAGGUGAAUAUAUUCUGAGAGUAUUUGUGCUGCUGGUGAGGCUGGAAACUGCAUGCUGGAUCCGUCUACAAGAGGAGCUAUCAAAGGCUCAGUAAAUAUGAACAAAUGUCUUUGCUGAGUGGUACCUGCCAUAAAGCCAGUGUAUUCAGAUUGUUUUUAACUAAAAGGGUAAAAAGGGAUAAGCUCACUCCUUGUGUUGUUUGAAAUGGAAUUCGUUUCUAGAUAGUGUGCCUUAGUAUUUAUAUAAAUACAGUUCAGAUGCAGUUUUUUUAUUUGUGGAAAAGUUUUAUUGAAGGAGGUUCAUAUUUAUAGGAAAGUUGGAAUGCAAUUUUCUGAUAUUUGAAUUAACUUGAGAUACAGCUUGUAUUUCAGUCUGCAUUUUGUGAACUAGAUCCAAAACCAGAUUUUAAAUAAAUAUUUUGCAACAAUU